AUGCGUCGCCAGAUUUUGGUUAGCUUCUUCGCAGCAUCAGCAGUCCUGGUGUCUGGCCAAGGGUUCAGCGGGGACUGGGAUGCGGCUUAUGGCAAAGCCCAAACCGCUCUGUCGAAACUAUCUCAAACUGACAAAAUUGCAAUUGUCACUGGCGUUGGAUGGGGAAAGGGGCCUUGUUCAGGAAAUAGCGGCGCGGCAAACUCAAUAGGCUACCGAACGUUAUGUCUUCAGGAUGGGCCCCUUGGUGUGCGAACCGUAUCCAGCAUAACGGUAUUCCCAGCAGGAGUACAUGCCGCCUCGACUUGGGACCGCGCCCUAAUGCGUGAUCGCGGCCAUGGUAUUGGGAGUCAGACCAAAGCUCUGGGUAUCAAUGUCAUCCUUGGACCAGUCGCCGGACCCCUUGGCCAGUUUGCUCAAGGCGGCCGCAACUGGGAGGGCUUUGGUAACGAUCCUUACCUUUGCGGUGUAGCUACAGAACAGACAAUCGGCGGAAUUCAAGAGGCUGGCGCCCAGGCGUGUGUUAAGCACUACAUCGGCAACGAGCAGGAGAAGAACCGACACGAUAUGAAUUCAGUUAUCGACGACCGGACCCUUCAUGAGCUGUACCUCUGGCCUUUUGCGGAAGCUGUGCGUGCGAACGUUGCCUCUGUCAUGUGCUCUUACAAUAAGAUAAGUGGGACAUGGGUGUGCGAGAAUGGACGCAUGAUGGAUGAUAUUCUCAAGAAAGAGCUCGGCUUUAAGGGAUACGUCGUGACAGAUUGGGAUGCGCAGCAUAGUACUGCGGCAUCGGCAAAUACGGGGCUAGAUAUGACCAUGCCAGGGUCCGAUUACAACGGUAACACCUAUUACUGGGGCAAUAAAUUACAGUCGGCCGUCCAAAGUGGCCAAGUUGCCUCGAGUCGCCUUGACGACAUGGUGAAGCGGAUUCUUGCAAGUUGGUAUCUGUUGAAGCAGGAUUCAAACUACCCCAACAUUGCAAUUGACCACCGGUCCAAUAACGGUGGGCCAAAUGUGCAGGGUAACAAUGCCACUAUCGCGAGGGCUGUAGCUCGAGACGGAAUUGUGUUACUAAAGAACUCGGACAAUGUCCUUCCUCUCCAAAAGCCCAAGAGCAUUGCAAUUAUUGGCUCCGGCGCAGUUGCCAAUCCAAAAGGAAUAAAUUCCUGUCAGGAUAACGGUUGCAAUCAGGGAACUCUGGUAAUGGGAUGGGGCUCAGGAACAGCAACUUUACCGUACCUGAGUGCUCCAGCUGACGCCAUCACGUCUCGUGCCAAACAAGAUGGCACAUCUGUCACAACUGCAGCCACCGACACCGCAAAUCAAGGUGCCUCAGCUGCUCAAAAUGCAGAUGUUGCCAUCGUCUUCAUCACUGCAGAUGGUGGUGAGGAAUAUAUCACCGUCGAAGGAAAUGAAGGUGAUCGCAAUGACCUCAACGCAUGGCAUAACGGCGCCGACCUAGUCAAAGCGGUCGCAAACGUAAACAAGAACACGAUCGUGGUAGUAAAUACCGUUGGGCCAGUCUUGCUAGAAAGCUUUGCAGAUCUCCCCAAUGUCAAAGCGAUUGUAUGGGCUGGGCUCCCUGGCCAAGAGGCAGGAAAUGCGUUGGUCGAUAUCAUCUAUGGGGCUACCAGCCCAAGCGGAAAGCUACCCUACAGUAUCGCGAAAGCUGCAAAGGAUUAUGGAACCACCAUUCAAGCGAUGACCGACAAUUUCAGUGAGGGCCUGUAUAUCGAUUAUCGUUACAUGGACAAGAACAGCAUUUCGCCUAGAUAUGAAUUUGGAUUCGGACUAUCCUAUAGCACCUUCAACUAUUCCUCUAUCUCGAUCUCCGGAACUCCAACCUCUGGCCCCGAGUCCGGCCCUACAGUACCGGGUGGAGCCGCUUCCCUCUUUGAAGUUGUGGCGACGGUAACAGCCACGAUCACGAAUUCUGGCUCUGUCACUGCUGCAGAGGUUGCCCAGCUGUAUUUGGGCUUACCUUCAUCGGCUCCUGCGACUCCAGUGAGACAGCUGCGCGGCUUCGAUAAGGUUAGCAUUAAGGCUGGAGAAAGCGCAACUGUGAAAUUUGAGCUGAGAAGAAGGGAUCUCUCGUACUGGGACUCGAGCGCUAAAAAGUGGGUGCUACCAAAGGGAACAUUUACAAUCGAUGUUGGGGCUAGCUCGAGGGAUUUGAGAUUGAGCGGGAAGCUAGAGGCUUCUUAG